CAACACAUUACGCUAUGAGAGCAGAGCAGGCCCGCCAUUUCCCUGACUGCAUGUAGCACUUUAAAGCCAGCAGCAGGAGUGGCGACUACCGACACGGACCGAAACGCACCGGGAUCUAGAGAUCGGAAUGAGCGAUAGACAGAGACGGCGGGGCGAAUGAGUCAGCGAGUGGACCCUGUGCUGCCAAAUGUACCGCCAUAGCUUUAUGAAAUAUAAUUUAUUUGCAAGCGGAGUUUGAAUUGUAGGAAACGGAGCGGCCGAGCUUAUAUAUUUAUUCAUAUUUAUGUGGAUCGCUUCUCUUUCUUACGCCCUCCUCUGGUUCUCGUCUGGUCGUUCGUCUUGUUUUUUUUUUUUUACCAUUAUAUUUCCCAAGGUGGGAAAGGGGUCGGGGGUUUGGAGGCUUGGAUAGUUCUCCUGGAUCGUUUUGAAAGCAGCAGAAGAAGGAGAGCCGGUGUGUCGCUGUGUCUGUAAUUCUUUGUUGCAUCCAUAAAGGAAGAUGUCGGGGCAGAGCAUUACGGACCGGAUCACCGCAGCCCAGCACAGUGUAACGGGCUCGGCUGUGUCCAAAACAGUAUGCAAGGCCACGACCCACGAAAUCAUGGGUCCCAAAAAGAAACAUUUGGACUAUCUGAUCCACUGCACCAACGAGAUGAAUGUGAACAUUCCUCAGCUGGCGGACUCACUGUUUGAGCGGACCACCAACACCAGCUGGGUGGUGGUCUUCAAGUCCCUCAUCACCACACAACACCUCAUGGUCUAUGGCAAUGAGCGUUUUGUCCAGUACUUGGCUUCAAGGAAUACAUUGUUCAACCUCAGUAAUUUUUUGGAUAAAAGUGGGCUACAAGGGUAUGACAUGUCCACAUUUAUCCGGAGGUAUAGUCGCUACCUCAACGAGAAGGCAGUCUCCUAUCGACAGGUGGCCUUUGACUUCACCAAAGUAAAGCGAGGGGUGGAUGGAGUGAUGAGGAUGAUGAACACAGAAAAGCUGCUCAAGACCAUCCCUAUCAUCCAGAACCAGAUGGAUGCCCUACUGGACUUCAACGUGAGUAGUGUCAAUGCCAAUGAGCUCACUAAUGGAGUCAUCAAUGCUGCGUUCAUGCUCCUGUUCAAAGACUCCAUCAGGCUCUUCGCUGCGUACAACGAAGGGAUUAUCAACCUGCUUGAAAAAUACUUUGACAUGAAGAAGACCCAGUGUAAAGAAGGCUUGGACAUCUACAAGAAGUUUCUCACCAGAAUGACCCGGAUAUCAGAGUUCCUCAAAGUAGCGGAGCAGGUGGGAAUUGAUCGAGGGGACAUUCCGGAUCUUUCUCAGUUCACAGUUUGUGCUCCCAGCAGUCUCCUGGAAGCCCUGGAGCAGCACUUGGCCUCCUUAGAGGGCAAGAAGGUCAAAGACUCCACCGCUGCCAGCAGGGCGAGCACCCUGUCCAACGCGGUGUCGUCUCUAGCGAGCACGGGGAUGUCGUUCACUAAGGUAGACGAGCGGGAGAAGCAAGCGGCUCUGGAGGAAGAGCAGGCUCGGCUCAAAGCGCUUAAGAUCACAAGGGAGGGGAAAGUAAUCCAAAGUGUGUCACUCGGCGAACAGAGGCUGAAGGAGCUGUCUAAGAGGCCCUCUUUCGCCACGACCGACACGUCGCCCGUCUCCACCACAGGGGGCACCAUCAGCACAGCCCCGGCCAUCGACCUCUUCUCCACCCCCAGCUGCUCCAACGGUGCUCUGAAGAUGGAGAGCGACCUGUUCGACCUGCAGUCCACCUUCCAGCCCUCCAUGCAGUCUGGCUCUGCGGGCCUCCCAGUAGCGACUGCCUGGGCAGAUCCUUUCACCUCUGCCGAAGCUGGGGACGACUCCAUGCCAAACCUUAACCCUUUCCUCUCAAAAAUCGUGGUCGAUGCCGCGCACAUACCUGUCGUGUCUUCGGACGGUGUUAGCUUUCCCUCUAGGACGUCCGCCCAUGAAAUGUUUGGCGAUCGUUACAAUCCCUUUAUUGACACAAACUCGUCCGUUUCAACCAAUUACAAACGUACAGUGCGGAUAGAACACUCCAUGUCAGACUCCUUCUGUGGUCCAGCGCCAGGUCCCCAGCACCACCACCAGCCUCCCUACCCCACCGAGUCCUCUGCCGUAGCAGGUCUAUUCAGAGGGUACUCCACGCCACAGCCUGCCUCCCAGCAGCCCACCCCGUCCGGGGGACUGCAGGUCGACUUUGAGUCGGUGUUUGGAGCCAAAGCGGCCGGCGGCAACGUCCUGGUUUCUGACGAUAUCUCCGGGAGCAUCCUGAAGCCAACUCUAGCGGGGUCCAGCCAGGGUCUGUGUUCCAUGACGAACCAAGACCGGCUGGUGUCAGACGACCUUGACUCCUCCCUGGCUAACCUCGUGGGCAACCUCGGCAUCGGAAAUGGAACCUCGAAAAAUGACAUCCACUGGAGUCAGCCGGGGGAGAAGAGGCUGACAGGAGGCACCAACUGGCAGCCCAAGGCUGCGCCCUCCACGACCUGGAACCCCGUCUCCAUGCCCACGUCUGUCAUGGCCUACCCCGCCACGACGCCAACGAGCAUGAUGGGAUACGGCAUGCCCCCACCCAUGGGCUCCAUGGGGAUGAUGACCCAAUCCACCAUGAUGUAACAGCCAGCCCAUCAUGCGGCCCCUAACCCAUUCGGCUCUGUGUCCAGCGCGCAGAUGCAGUUUAUGUAAUGGUGGCUGGGAGAGUCUCUGUGAGGACCAAGCACUUAGUGCCGGGCUCUGUCUACGACGCUGUCCAACUCUUCAGAGAAACCUCCUCCAACCCGACCCACACACACACACACACACACACACACACACACACACACACACACACACACACACACACACACACAUACACACACACACACACACACACACACACACACACACACACACACACACACACACACACACACACACGCACACACACACUUUCGAAUACAAGACAUGUCACGAACAGAGUGGUCGGCAAUGACUGUCCGAAACCAUGGCAACCGUCUCCGAACGACAUAUUGGACAAAACCCCUGCUGGCCCGUUCGAUUAUUACGCAAAUUUGUCCCCAAGACUUCAAGUGAUGCUGCUGUCCAACCGCCCCUCCACCUGCUCCCCUCUCCCCCUCUACCCCUCCCCUCCCCUCCCCUCCCCAAUGUUGAGGGACGAUCCUCACCCAUUUUACAGUGUAACCUGUAACGAUAGUUAUGGGUGCUGAGAAACUGUUUAUCAUGUUUAUGUACACGGUGUUGGUUGGACAAAAAAAAAAAAGCUUGUUGUUCUCCUUAAGCGGGAAAGGGAGGGGGAGGGGGGGGGGGGGAAGGGGUGACGAUGAGGAGGAGGGAUGUGGCGGGAAAAUCAAGCGGAGUCCCCUUUUAACCUUUCUUCAUCAGAACUCCAUCAUCGUCAUCAUCAUCGAUUUCCUCCUCCGGUAAUUUAACUGUCACGAGUAGUGAUGCUAAUGACGUUUACACCUGUUUAGUUUUUGUCUUUUUUACCGUGUUUACAGUAGACAUUCCUUGUGUGUUGUUUGUAUUUAUUUAUGAUUAUUGAUUUAAGACUUUGGGGGGGGGGGGGCGGGGCUGGGGCUGUAAAAUGUACACUACAUUGAACACCUGUGGGUUGCUUCACCUUUAAAUAUGGAUCUCAGACUGUAUUAUUGAGAGGUAGAGUAAAAAAAAAUAGCUAUUAUAUUAAAUUACACCUAUUAAGCGGAAUGAUAGAGCACUAAAUAUUCUCCAGUUUUUGUGUUAAGGACAAUUUUUACUAGAUGAAAAUAUUUCACCAUCUCCGUUGUACUUCGAGUGCAGGGUGUAGAGUUUGAGUCAGUUACCUACAGUAUAUAGACAAUUCUGUGCCUAGGGUUUUUUGCAAUGGAAACAUUUUCUGUCUAGUGGGGAGCGGGGAGGGGGGGGGGGGGGGGGGGAGAUACGUCAUCCACGAUAUCAGAAGCAUCACAAUGGGGAAAUGGGUGGGCUCCGUUUUGCUUUAAGCUUGGCAUGCCAUUGACUCACUGACCGUACUCAUGGCUGCCUUUUACUCUGAAUGUGAAAGAGUUGUCUUCAUGUUGCACACAUCUUUCUGCGUCGGCCACGCCCCUCUUCUCGCCGACCCCCGCUGGAGGAGUCGGCGGAAGGGGAAAGGCCGAAUAUGGUUGUGGGACGUCGGGGAUGGAGGAAGGGGUCACAGUUUGGAUGUAAAUGUAAUUGUAUAGAGAUCCAGUGGAACAGGGCGAGGCGGAGCACUGUUGAUCGGUGCUCUUUGUAUAUAUUAAAAAAAUAAUGACUGUUCACUCAGCGGGGAUGGAAAGAUGUAUGAAAUAUGAAAGCAAUUCAAUCAAAUUUGACUCUACCUAAGUUGGAUUCAGGAUUCUCUGCGUUGGUCUUAACGCAGCUAUUUUUCUUUAUGUAAUUAGAAUGUGUAGCAAAACGAUGACUGAGGUCUUUUCUUUCUUUUUCAAAUAAAGAGCAGCUUCCACA